CCUGGUAUAUUUCUUGCGAUUGCGUCGGUAGCCUUGUUCAUCCUGCCACUGGCUGGACGGCGGCGGCUCCCUCCAGGCCCGAAGCCGCUGCCGAUCUUCCGUAACAUGCUGAUGGCCGACCAGCUGACUCACCGUGCUCUGGCGGCGCUGGCGAAGCAGCACGGGGGGUUGGUGCACCUCCGCCUGGGCUGCCUCCCUAUCUUGGUGGUGUCCACACCGGAGUACGCGCACGAGGUGCUCCAGGCGCAGGACAACAAUGACUUCUGGAAGCGUCCAACCUCCAUCGCCAUCCUCUACCUCACCUACGGCUGCUCCGACAUGGCAUUCGCGCACAACAGGCGCUACUGGCGCGAGAUGCGCAAGCUGUGCGUCACCAAGCUCUUCAGCCGGCAGCGCGCCGAGACAUGGCUCGCCGUGCGCGACGGGUAUGGGGAGCUCAUCCGGGACGUCGGCAGGUCCAGCGGGGAAGCCGUGAACCUCGGCGAACUCAUCUACAAGCACACCGUGAGCGUCAUCCUGCGUGCCGCCUUCAGCGUCCGCGACGUCCAAGGACUGGAGGAGUUGAUCCCCAAGAUCAACGAUUACUCCAAGCUCUUAGAAGUGUUUCACAUCGGUGACAUCUUCCCAUGGCUUAGCUGGAUUGGCCGCCGGGGCUUGGACCACCGCCUCCGUUCUGUGUGCGGCGCUCUCGGCAAGUUUGCGGACAAGAUCAUUAACGAGCACAUUAGGAGGGGAAAGAACCCCGACGAAGCCGACGCUGACAUAGUAGGCGGCCUACUCGCGUUCCUCGCUGAUGCCAGCGGGAAGGACCUCCACUUCACCCGCGACAACGUUAAAGGCCUGAUCAUGGAUAUGUUGUUUGGUGGGCCGGACAAUGUGGGCUUUACCAUUGAGUGGGCAAUGGCCGAGAUGAUUUGUUGCCCUGACAUUCUUCUGCAGCUGCAACGGGCGCUCGCUGACAUUGUGGGGCUUGACCGGAUGGUCGACGAAACGGAUCUUGGCAAGCUCCCUUUCCUUCAGUGUGUCGUCAAGGAGACGCUCCGGAUGCACCCGCCAAUCCCGGUUGUCCUCCACGGGACCACCAAAGAUUGUGUCCUCGGUGGCUACUCAGUGCCCAGGGGCUCAUGUAUCUUCAUCAACGCGUGGGCAAUCAACCAUGAUUGUGAGAUGUGGAAUGACCCUGACACAUUCCGGCCAUCGAGGUUCAUGCCCAAUGGGGAGGCCAUCGGCCUGGAUCUCAAGGGUGGUUGCUACGAGUUCUUGUCAUUCGGUUUUGGAAGGCGCUCAUGCCCAGGGCAGGGGCUUAGCCAGCAUACAGUGGAGUUUGCUGUAGCACAGCUCGUGCACGGGUUCAACUGGAAGCUACCCGGUGACAUGAAGCCGAUGGAGCUUGACAUGACCGAAACGAUCGGUGCCACUGUGUCACGCGCCACACGGCUUUGGGCGGUGCCCACACCCCGCCUCACCUGUCCUUUGUAAUAUUUCACCAUAGACAUAUCGUUGUGAUGCCCUAUAUAGGUGGAACUACCAAUCAUGAAACUAUGUUCUAGACUUCAGAUACAAACAUGUAAA